UUCAGAGAUCGGCUCAAAAUUCCUAUACCAGCGGAACUACUUGUGGUCAGUAAUACUGGCUUAUUACUCGGUUUGGAUCUAUUCAUUUUGUUUCGUUCCGUUAGUUGAAAAAUGAUUCUUUAUCUUUCCUUUUUCUCUAGGUUGUUGUUGGUACUGCAAUUUCAUACGGAGCAGCAAUCAACAAAAACUUUGGAGUAUCAAUUUUAGGAAAGAUACCCAAGGGGUAAGCUUGUUGAACAAAAAGAAGUUAAAAAAAAAAUCCUUAUACUACCCCAUUUCCUUCUUUUUAGGCUUAAAUUGUAGAAACAUCAUUGCUCUCCAAAAAGCGGCGUGUGUUAGUUUAGGUUUCAGCUUCUGAAACUCAGAAAAGCGUGUUAAUAGCCCUACUUGGCCGAUUUUGGCCCGUUCUCUUCUAAUUAAGAGCUAUUCAAAGUCCUUUCGCAUUCAAUUUUGCCGCUUCAUUGAUUGUGAAUAAUCAAUGAUGUCCAGGCAUUCUGCGCGAUGAAAAAGUUUAGAAAACAAUAAUCAACUUUUAAAAAGAAAUUAAAUAAGUCACGGAAACUAUUAUCUAUAAGCAUUAGUAAAAUACUUGCAAAACGAGGUCAGCAGAUAUUAUACUCCACUAUAUAUAAGCGAAAGCGUGGUCCCUAAUUUAUUUGAAAAUCUUUCUUCAUCCAUCACAAACUUCCGAAUCAUAUAUUUCUAAUUAAAGAAAAAAACCGGGAAAAGAGUAACCACAAUACUUUAAAUUUUUUCAAUUUCAGACUUCCUCCUUUAAGCGUACCUUCAUUGUCUCUGAUGUCGAAUAUCUUCUCAGAUGCCUUUGUUAUCGCAGUGGUUAUAUUUGCUACAAACAUUUCGAUAUCUAAGAUGUUUGCAAAGAAAGGUGGCUAUUCCGUGGAUCCCAACCAGGUUUGAUAAUAAAAACAAAACCUAAAUAGUUUCGCUCGGCCAAGAGGGCCUGGGUUAUGGAAGAAAAAACAUUCGUUUAGAGGUCAACCGCGCUGCGCAGCAAGCAACAAGGAAGAGAAGUUCUCGGCUACAUCCUGGCACUUCAAACUAAAACUGGAGCAAAAAAUCCGGCAACUUAGGGAUUUCUCCUGGUGUAUUUCUUCCGAUGCCUCUGUUAAACAGUUUAGUCAAUAGAUCACGCUGUUAGAGGCGAUUCUGUAAUGAUAAUGGACGAACCUUACAAGAGAUUUACCGAAUUUAGUUAUUUUAGAUUGUUACUCUUUUCUCACGAGACAUUGAUUUGAUUUAUUUUAGGAAUUAAUAGCGUAUGGUGCUGGUAAUUUCGUGGGCUCAUUCUUUUCUUGUUUUCCGAUAUGUAACGCUUUGGCGCGGUCAGUGGUCCAGGAGAAUCUUGCCAACACGCAGGUAAUGUUAACCAGUGGCACAAAAGCCAUUGUCGCUUUUGAAAUAGGACGCGUUUGUGCGUAGGUUGUUUAUAUGGCGCGCCAGCUAAUGAUGACAAGUUAGGUAACUGUCCUUGAGCUAACCGGGGUCGCCUGAUCAUUGGUUACCCUUGAGCCUGCGAGCAAACUCUCCAAAUAGGGGAGGUCGCGAAAAGUCACGUGAGAGCUUGCUCUCAAGCUACAUUCAAAGCAGGAGUAAAUCAAACUAUAAUGAACCAAAACCACCGUAGUAUUUCCGUUUGUAGUGUGAGGUCUUAAUUAACUUGGACGCCUAGUUCAUCAGGUUGCAAUCACAACAUCCUUAAACGUUCCUGUUCUUCUCAAAUGAGACAGGUCUGUAAACUGAUGUUUCCUCCGUAUGUUCUAUUUCGCAGCUUUGCAGUAUAGUCGUGAAUGCGCUGGUUCUUCUUGUGCUGCUGUUUCUUGCUCCGCUUUUCUUUCACCUUCCAAAGGUAAAAACAACAGAGUCCGGAAGGUAGGGUAAGGUAUCCAGACGGCUGCUUAACUGACCAAAUCCCACCCUCUCCCCCCCUGCACAUAAACACGUGUAACAUGCCUAAACUGUGCCCGAGAUCCACCCAACUCAGGAGUUUGCCCCCCAAACACUUCUAGGAAAUUUGUGGCCCGAGACCCAUUUCAAAUUUAGGUCUUAGAGCUUGCAAACCACAGAGAUUGAUCCUAAUUUAGUUCAUCAAAUUAGGGUUUUCCGCUUUUCUUCAAAACUCCCAAAUGCUGACCUUUAAUAAGCGAUUUCGUUCAGGCUCAAAACUUUCCCUGCAAUUUUAGGAAUGAGUGUCAGCUAUAAGAAAAGGAAUUUUGUCUAACGCUUGCGACUCAACGUAAAACUAAGGCCUAACUCUUUCUCAUGUCUUCUCUCCUACUCUCCACACUAGGCCAUUUUAGCCUCUGUUGUGAUCGCUAACCUUAUUGGACUUCUGAAGCAGUUUUCCAGGUUAAGAGAUUUGUGGAAAAUAUACAAAACGGACGCGGUAAGUUUUGAAAUAAAAAAUGUAGAACAUGAAAGUCGAAGAUCACUUGCGACUCAUUAUGAUUGUACCAUAGCGCACUGACUAAGAGCGCACUUCGCACUGUGAGCGGAAUAGGCCCCAACUAAAUACCCUCGAUAAGCACUCUAUAGGCUAUCCUGGGUGCCAGAGGGUUUUUUUUGUUAGCCGGGCACGGUUUAUCUCAUCCUAGGUAUUUCGAGAACGGAGUAGACGGACCAAAGCCAUGGUAGUCAUAGGUGCAGCGCAGUAGGGGUACAAUCAGCCGACUUCAGAGAGACCUUUAGAUUCUAAAACGAGUACGAUUACGAGUACGAGAUUUUCUCAGUACUAUGAAAAGAAGUGCUCGCGCGUGAACCAGCGUCAUUUUGGCGGGAAAACGUGUUAGUCAUCGUCAUUCUACUACGAAUUUUAGCGAGAAUGUCGUGGUAGCGGAAGAAAGUUAUAAAGUGUUAGAGGCUUAAUCAAUUUGCGGCCGAGGUAUGGCUUCAUCUGGUUCAAUAAAGAUAGCAAUGGUUUAUUUGUGGCGAAAAGGAAGUACAACGAGGCUUUCCCGGGGUGUCUAUUAUUUGCGUUCUCGUCGUAGAAUGCGUACUAUGAGCAUACUACAAGCGUGCUGUGAGAGUACAGUGAGCCUACUCAGGGUGUGACUAGCGUGCUAUGAGGGUACAAUAGCGCGGUACGAUCGUACUAUAACCACACUGAGUGAGAACAAUAAGCGUAUAACAAAACUGUGUAUACGCUGCUCUGAAAUGUAUAGUGUGUUUAAUGAGGAUUUAGUGGCCAUUGAACUGUAGUUUUAGUGAUUCUUUGUCCCGUUUUUGAUUUGCAGGUUGUGUGGUUUAUAACAUGUUUUGGAGUCAUCUUGAUGGGAGUUGAUUUAGGACUUGGAAUAGGAGUGAUUAGCGCACUGUUUGCCGUUGUUAUAACUCUUUCAAGGUGAAACAAUUUCCUUAAAACCUUCUCAUAAUCCAUUUACACAAACAAACUGAACAAACAAGCUGUUAGGACAGAAGUUAGUGGACAUUCAGUCAGUUAUUUGAGAUCAGGUCACUGAAAUCAUGAGUCAAUUAAUUGUUCAGUCAGAAUGCACAUCUUUCAUAAUAAUAGUCUGUUUGUGAGACAGUGUAGUCAUAACCUGAGAAGCAAACCUUUCCACUUGGUUCACAUUGUGCAAAAGUUGGGAGGAAUUUUUCUAGCCCUUCACUGGCCUCGCUUUGCUCCAAAAAAGGAGGAGGCGAAAUCUCGGACCCCUUCCCUAUAUCUGACACGGAAUUUUUAAUCUGAAGCUUAGUUCCGUUUUUUGUUCUCAGGUCAAAAUAUUCCGUUCUUGGACAAGUAAGGGGAACAGAGCUGUACCGUGAUGUAAAAGGAUGUCAUCUGGUAUGUUUUUAAGGACAAUAGCGGGCAUCCUUUGCGCAUUAGAUCUUAGGAGACCGAGAACGGACUUAUUAGACAUGUUUCUUUCUUAGCUAUCUUCAAUUACUCUGCGGAUCAAUCCUUAAUGUAAUGUGUGCACCAAUCAGACCUCAAACAAAGCAUCAAGGCCGCGGGUGUCAAACACAUAAAAACAUGUAACGAGUUGAUUGAAAAAAAAAACUGACUAACUCUUUGAAUCACCUAUUGUCCAUAAUAUUAUGAAAUUUAUUAAAUCCAAAAUACUGACAUCUUUUUACAGCCAAUGCGCAUUACAAACGCACUCGUCGCGUUCAUAGGUGGAAUAAUACGCCACCGAAAUCAGUAGGGUAAAGACUAAGACUACACUAACCGUCUUAUCUCAUUAGGCCUUCGAGGUACCUGGAGUGAAGGUGCUCAGAUUUGAGUCCUCUUUGUACUUUGGAAAUGUGGAGCGCUUUAGAAGUGCACUUAUUGCCGUCGUUGGCCGAGAUCCGGGUGUUCAACAACACACGCGUAAAGAGGUAAAACUCCAGUCAGGAGACAAAGCUGAGCUACUGGAAAAUGAGCAGGAGGACGACUUCAGCGAUAACCAAGAGAUUCCAAACGGAGUAAGGAACAGUUUUUUUAGCAGUUCAUUCACUAUAUUACAAUUUAAUGACAGACAAAGUGACAAUACGGAGUUGUUCUAUAUGUUUAUGCUAUGAAAGUAAAAACGAAACACAACCCAGUUGAGGAUGUUUUUCAAGUGUUGAAGACUAGACUGCGUAGAUGCGGUAACUAGCGAGUGCCGAGGCGGAGUCCGAAGGGAUUUGGGCUCUCCCCCACCCUCACAUCAUAGACAAUACGUUAUUUGUUACCUUCUCAAAAAGCGCAACACGGCGUUUCGACAUUGUUACGACAUUGUUGCGAAUGGUUACACAUUGUUCCAAUAUCACAACGCUGUGUUGUUGCUAAAAAUCGUCCUUGCGAAUCUUCUCGUGUAACAUCGGCCUUUAGCCUGCGUGGCAGUCGCAGGUUUUGUUGGGGUCAAAGGGAGAAAUUUUUAGGACAAGCGCGUGCUCGCGCAGACUAUUUCGAAGUAAUGUGAGUAACCGGAGAGUGUGUUCUAUUUUAAAAACAGAAACUGGUAUCUGUGCCAAACGGUGUUCACAAACAUAUGGAAGUUGAGUUGGAGGAGCCAGAAGAACGCGUUCAUGCUGUUGUAAUAGAUGGAAGCAGUUUUACCUUCAUUGAUUCUGUAGGGCUACACGCACUUCCAGCGGUGAGUGUUAGAGUGUAUUUCCUUGAAUACUUGAUGUCCACCUUAAUAUUUCUCAGGUUGCGGACUAACUACGGGAUAUACAACACUGCACCAUUUCUGUUGCGUUUCUGAACACGCGGCACGCGGUGACAAGUUUAUACCGGAAGAUAUAUACCGUAAAUUUACGAAAAUAAGCCCCGGGUUUGUUUGCGUUACGAGUUCGGGGGAUGGGGGGGAGGGGGGUUAUAUUUGAAGGGGCUUAUUUUCGGAAUUUUACGGUAUCUCAAGUGAUUGCUAUACUGUUCACGGUGUUUUGGUGCUGCCUGUUUUAAAAACGAGGUACAUACAUACCGUAAAUGUAUUAAUUUAUUUGAAGGCGACGAUUAUUGGAGCAUUAAAGGUAUAUAUGCACUAAGUUUCUGCGUACCUUGUAGCCGGUUAGGCAGAACUGUAGUAAAUGUUGUCCGACACUCUACAGUUUAGCCUUUACAUCGCUUCGUUCGUUAAGCAGCCUUCUCUCAAAUAGGUACAGUUAGUUGUUUGUACUUAUUUUAAGAUAAGCGAAUGUCGAGUUGACCGUAAUUUUACUACUUGUUGCUAUGUUAGACUUCUCUUCUGCCGAUCAAGGAUUCCCUAUUCCGUCUAAUUAUUAGUCCGUCUUAUAUAUUCUUUAAGGGCCCCGCUUAUUGCAGGGCGGCGAAAUAUUAGUCCAUAGACUCUAUCAAGUGUUUUCCUCCACGGAAAUCUUUAGUAAAAGGCGAAACAUUUAUACGUGAUGAAGGAAAACCAGAGUUAUCUCAAACUGCCGACACCAAACAGUUAUGUUUGCCACGAUGUGUCAACGAUUAUGGGACAAAAUAAUUACGCAUGCGCAUAGCCUUAUACGUGUCCUUCGUGAGAACCAACCCAUGUUCUCAAGUGUUAUUUCAAAAAUUUUGAUAUUAAUACUUGCCAAAACUAUAUGGUUAUAUGUUUACUGUCUCUGCUAUGAUAAGCCUGUGGCUUUUUAUGUCACCACAACCUAAUCUGUCAGCUUCCUCACUAGUUGUUUGCUUUUCUGUUUUCAGCUGAUUGCCGAGUUUAAAAAGGCCGGAGUUCUUAUUUACUUGGCUGGCUGUUCAUGUGAGUUAUUAAUCUUAAGCGAAUUAAUCAGGCAAAUCAUCGAAGCGGCUUUAACAAGAGAGGUUUGAAACCAAACUGCAUGUAAUCAUUUUAGUAAUCACAACCGUAGCUCGAGAGUAAGCUCGAAGUUAGGUUGUGCUCUUGUUCCGUUUCCUUCCUUGUCCCUAGCUUUCCCCGCACCAAUCUCCCGUGAACUCGCUCGCAGGCUGUCACAAAGGACUACGACGCUUCGUGCUUAUUUACUGCAUGUCUAAGUGCUUCCUCGGAUAAAAAGAAACCGUUUAGGUCAGACAAAAAGUACCAUGAAGUUUUUUACCAAGUUCAUAUGUUCUGGAUUAUUAACAGCUGCCAAAGUCUAUUUAAAGAGCGAAAGUUUUGAAUCAGUCUUCAGGUCGUAAGGUCGCUAAUGCUAUUGACGUAUGUUAGGGAGCAAGCUCGCCGACACGCUCCUCGCUCAGAGAGAGCAGCGAGGAAAGACUUCUGUUUUUGCAGCCUAAAUCAAAAGGUCUUAAUUUAUUGUUUUAAUUCUUUAUCGUAUUCUCCCUUUGCAGCGAUUAUAACUAAAAGGCUUGGCAGUUCAUCUGGGAAGGCUGCAAUCUCAGCAAUCGACCAUCACGUGAUGUUCCCUUCAAUACAUGACGCUGUUAUAUCAGCCGUGCGGUCACGUGAUUUUGCGGUGAGAAAUAACUUCAGUGGAUCAUAA